ACAGAUUCUGUCAGUCAGCCCUCGACAUGGCCGACAUUAAAGUGCAUUAAGUCUAGUGGCAGGACCGAAGGAGCAAUUCAAUAAGACAACCGAUCAGGGAGGGCUGCAACUGCAGCCAGGAGAGCAGAGGGAAGGAUGCCAUCUCCAUCUUUUUCCCUCGAUGCCCAGCUGCGCUUCCAUGACAAAUGGCUGAAGAUAGACCUGCAGCGAGCCUUCUCUCCUGAAGGACUGAGUGAGAUGUGGAAUGAGAUGGUGAAGGAUGAGGAAAUUGUCUUUGACAGAGAAGAGUCUGCCAAUCCAGAGGACUGCACCGAUUGCACCCAAAAGAAAGAUGAUCCAAAUGAUAAGGAAAAGAAGGAAGAGGAGGAGGCGGCCACGCCUUCGGCUGUCCAUCACUCCAUCAUCGAUACGUGGGAUUGGGGGAGGCAGCCAGAAGCUGUAGAGCUAAAGGACUGUCUGAUGGCACUGAUAGAUGAUCAACAGAAGUUAUCUUCACAGACAGCUAAGAGCACGCUCUCUUCACUGCGUCUGAGCCAGCGGCUGGUGAUUCUGGAGCGUUACCUUAUCUCCCUCACCCAUAGCAUGAUGGAGGAGAAAUACAAAGUGCGUUGGAAAAGCCCGCCCAGCCCUCCGUUGUCCAUUGUCGAUAACAAAAGCGCUCGGCCGGUCAGUAAAGGAGUGGAAGGUUUGGCUCGGGUGGGAUCGAGAGCAGCACUUUCCUUUGCUUUUGCUUUCCUUCGCAGAGCUUGGAGAUCAGGUGAUGAUGCAGACCUAUGCAGUGAGUUACUACAGGAGUCUCUGGACGCCCUACGCGCUCUCCCAGAAGCCACCCUGUUUGAUGAGGGCACUGUGUCCCCCGUCUGGCUGGAAGUGGUCGAGAGGGCUACCAAAUUCCUCAGUGAUAUCCAUGGAAGUGGCAGUGGAAAAGCUCCCAGUAACAUUCCCCUGCAGGAUCAGCACUUGGCUCUGGCCAUUCUGCUGGAGCUGGCAGUACAGCGAGGGACUCUCAGUCAGCUGCUGUCUGCUGUUCUGCUGCUUCUGAGACUCUGGGACAGCGGAAACAGAGAGAUGGAUAAUGAACGUUCCACCCAGGGCACCAGCGCACCCUUACUGCCCCUCCUGCAGCGUUUUCACAACAUCCACAGUACUAAGGAGGAGCCCAUUGCUGAGGAGGAGAUAGAGAUCCUUUCAGCACCUCUGAGCCCAAAUGAGAGUUUUCUGCGCUACCUUACACUGCCUCAAGAUAAUGACCUGGCCAUUGACCUGCGGCAGACUGCAGUAGUCAUAAUGGCACACUUGGAUCGCCUGGCAGCCCCCUGCAGCCCCCCGCAGUGCACCUCACCCACUUCUAACAAGGGUACAUUGCAAGAGGUGAUUGGUUGGGGUCUGCUUGGCUGGAAGCCUUACGCAAAUGUGAAUGGACCAAUUCAGUGCAAGGCACUGUCGAACCUGGGUGUGACUCAGAUCGUGUGCUCCGAGAAGGAAUUUCUCAUUCUGACCAUCACUGGGGCUGUCUACACUCAAAAUUACAAAAGUACCACUCUAGCCCCUAUGCUAGUCCAUGCAUUGUCAGCCAGGAAGAUAAUGAAGCUGGCGGCUCAUCCUGAUGGGCAGCACUAUCUGGCUCUUUCAGUCAAUGGGGAGGUGUUCUCCUGGGGCUGUGGAGAUGGAGGCAGACUGGGACAUGGAGAUACCACGUAUUUGGAGGAGCCCACCAUGAUCGCUAUGUUCUCUGGGAAGCCUCCAGGAAAGCAAGUUGUGCAUAUUGCAUGUGGCAGUACAUACAGUGCGGCGCUCACCGCUGAUGGAGAACUGUACACAUGGGGCCGUGGAAACUACGGCAGGCUGGGCCACGGGUCCAGUGAAGAUCAGACCACCCCUAUGCUGGUGACCGCUCUGAAGGGUCUUAAGGUUAUAGCUGUGGCCUGUGGCAGUGGUGAUGCACAGACCCUCGCUGUCACUGAGAACGGUCAAGUGUGGUCAUGGGGCGACGGGGACUACGGGAAGCUUGGUCGGGGUGGCAGCGACGGCUGUAAGACACCAAAGCUGGUGGAGAAGCUUCAAGAUUUGGAUAUUGUAAAGGUUUGCUGCGGGAGCCAGUUUUCUGUAGCGCUCACUAAAGAUGGACAGGUGUACACCUGGGGCAAAGGAGACAAUCAAAGACUCGGCCACGGCACAGAUGAGCACGUCCGUUAUCCCAAACUACUAGACAGUCUGCAAGGUAAGAGGGUGGUGGAUGUAGCGGUGGGCUCCACACACUGUCUGGCCCUCACAGAGGAUGGAGAGGUACACAGCUGGGGCAGCAAUGACAAACUACAGCACUUUGACACACUCUUCUCCAAUAAGAAGCAGCCUAAAGCUCUGCCAGGCCUCAACUCCAAACACAUAGUGGGCAUCGCAUGUGGGCCUGGUCAGAGUUUUUCAUGGUCGUCAUGCUCUGAGUGGUCUGUCGGGCUCCGUGUGCCAUUCGUGGUGGAUGUGUGCACUAUGACCUUCGAGCAGCUGGACCUUCUUCUGCGACAGAUCAGCGAGGGAAUGGAUGGCAGCUCUGAUUGGCCGCCACCGCAAGAGAAAGAAUGCAUGGUUGUGGCUGCUCUCAAUCUGCUCAGACUACAGCUUCAUGCAGCCAUCAGUAACCAGGUGGACCCUGAGGAGCUGGGUCUGGGCUUGGGCAGCGGGCUGCUUAAUAACCUCAAGCAGACGGUGGUGACGCUGGCCAGCAAUGCCGGGGUGUUAAACACUGUGCAGGUGGCCGCUCAGGCCGUGCUCCAGAGUGGCUGGUCAGUGCUACUGCCUACUGCAGAGGAAAGAGCAAGAGCCCUGUCCUCACUGCUUCCCAACACAGCAUCUGCCAAUGAAAUGAGCGUAAGUCCUGGCCGUCGCUUCAUGAUCGAUCUCCUGGUUAGCAGUCUGAUGGCAGAUGGAGGCCUGGAGUCUGCUCUGAAUGCUGCCAUCACGGCCGAGAUCCAGGACAUCGAAGCAAAGAAGGAGGCCCAAAAAGAGAAGGAGAUUGAUGAGCAGGAGGCAAGCGCUUCUUCUCUGCAUCGCUGUCGCACCACCCUGGACAAAGACCUGAUCAACACUGGCAUCUACGAGUCUGCCAAUAAACAGAGCCUCCCAUUGGUUCAGCUGGUGCAACAGCUGCUCAGGAACAUUGCUUCACAGACCAUAGCUCGUCUAAAAGAAGUGGCACGUCGCAUUUUGAACUGCCAAGACACGGAGCAGGUCAGCAAGGAACGUUCGGCUUCUCUGGACCUUUUGCUGCGCUUUCAGAGGCUGCUGGUCUGCAAGCUCUAUGUGGGUGUCAAUGGCACAGUAGGUGUAGGAGGAUACACUCUGAGUCACUCUGAGAUUCUAGGAGUGGGGUCUUUGUUGAAGAAAUACAUGGCUUUGCUGUGCACACACAUCGGGGACAUUCUUCCCGUGUCCACCAGCAUCGCCCAUAACAGCCACCGGCACUUCGCAGAAGUAGCACGUGUCCUUGAAGGAGACCUGACAGGUGUAUUGCUACCAGAGCUGAUCGUAUCCAUUGUGCUGCUGCUGACUCGCGAUGCUGGCCUGAUGCAGGAGACCGGAUCCAUCCCUCUCCUCGCGGCUUUGCACGAGCACCUGGAUCGUUUCAACCAUCUCGCUCCUGGUGCAGAAAGAGAUGACAAUGAGGAUCUCGCCUGGCCUGGACUCAUGGGUUUCUUUUUCAACGGAUCGAGUUCCAAGAACAACGAGGAAGUGUCGCUUAUCCGAAAAGCUGACUUGGAGAACCACAAUAAGGAUGGUGGCUUCUGGACCGUCAUUGAUGGGAAGGUCUAUGAUAUCAAAGACUUCCAGGCUCAGACUUUGACUGGGAACAGCAUCCUUGAUUUGUGUUCCACAGCCCAGUUUGCAGGAGAAGAUCCUGUGGUGGCUUUGGAAGCAGCUCUUCAGUUUGAAGACACCAGGGAGUCUAUGCAAGCUUUCUGUGUGGGCCAGUACAUAGAGCCCAAUCAGGAGACGGUGACGACGCCUGACCUCAGCAGUUUGUCCUCCCCUCUGAUAGAUGCUGAGAGGAACCUUGGUCUGCUGCUAGGUUUACAUGCCUCCUAUCUGGCUAUGAGCACCCCUCUCUCUCGCAUAGAGAUAGAAUGUGCCAAAUGGCUCCAGUCAUCGAUAUUCUUCGGUGGUCUGCAGACGAGUCAGAUCCAUUAUAAUUAUAAUGAGGAGAAGGAUGAGGACCACUGCAGUUCACCAGGGACCACCACACCAGACAAAUCCAAGCUCUACUGCCGAAGAAUCACCCUUAGCGAUCACGCCCAGCCAUUCCUGCAGGCCAUCGCUGACAACACCACCCAGGACCACACUGUGAAGGACUUCUUAUGCCAAAUCGAGCGCUGCUGUAAACAGUACCAUCUCAUUACUCCCAUCACAUUCCCUACAGAACACCCGGUGGAGGAAGUGGGCCGCCUGCUGCUCUGCUGUCUUCUCAAGCAUCAAGACCUCGGUCAUGUUGCCCUCUCGCUCGUCGCUCAAUGUGCCUUGGGUGUGGACCAGGGGAAACAGAGAUCCCUCCCCAAAUCUGUGAUUGCCGUGUGUCGAAUGGUGUACCAGGCAAAGUGUUCUUUGAUCAAAACUCACCAAGAGCAGGGGCGCUCUUAUAAAGAGGUGUGCGCUCCAGUGAUCGAGAGGCUGCGUUUCCUGUUUAAUGAACUUAGACCUGCGGUCAGCAACGACCUCUCCAUCGUGUCCAAACUGAAGCUGCUGAGCUCACAACCUCGCUGGAAGAGGAUCGCACAGAAACUCAUCAGAGAUCGCCGCAAAAAGAGAGUGCCCAAAAAGUCUGAGUCAGCUGAUGUCGAGGAGUGCAAGCUUGAGAGGGAAGGGACCAAUGAGGAGCCACCUGCUCCGAUAAGCCCCGCGCCUGUGGACAAAAAGCAGACCACGGUCAAGUCCCAAAAGGAUAAAUGGCAGCCUUUGCUAAACACCAUUGGCAGUGUUCAGAAGUACCGCUGGCUUCGGCACAACGUUCAGGGUUCCUCUCAGUCCAGCCUCAUGAGCACCAUUGUGGAGUUUGCUUUGAAAGAGGAGCCGCUGGAUAUGGAGAAGAUGAGGAAGUGCCUCCUAAAACAGCUGGAGCGAGCUGAGGUCAGACUGGAGGGUAUAGACACUAUGCUGAAGCUGGUGUCCAAAUGCUUCCUCCUGCCUUCUGUACAGUACGCCAUGCUCUGCGGCUGGCAGAGAGUUAUUCCUGAAGCGACAAAUAUUGGGGAGCCUUUGUCUGACUGUCUGAGGGACGUAGAUCUGAUUCCUCCAUUUAACCGCAUGUUGCUGGAGGUUACUUUUGGCAAGCUUUAUGCGUGGUCCAUCCAGAACGUCCGCAAUAUUCUGCUGGAGGCCAGUGUGAAGUUCAAAGAGCUGGGUGUGCAGCCAGUUCCACUGCAAACCAUCACUAAUGAGAACCCAGCGGGCCCCAGUCUGGGUACCAUCCCUCAGGCACGCUUCCUGCUGUCCAUGCUUCACAUGCUCACUCUCAAACAUGGAGCCAACAGCCUCAGCCUGCUUCUGAACUCCGGCGUCCUCGCACUCACCCAAAGCGUUCUGAGACUCAUCGGUCCCAGCUCUGACAGCACUGAGGAGGAGCUGAGCUCUGCCGCUCAUGGAGGAUCUGCUACAGUUCUUGAAGAGUCCAGGAAAGAGACAGCCCCCACCCCUCUGCCUGCAUCUGGUCCUGAGCUGGCUGCUAUGAUGAAGAUCGGCACUAGGGUCAUGAGAGGACCUGACUGGAAGUGGGGAGACCAGGAUGGCCCACCGCCAGGCCUGGGGCGUGUGAUUGGGGAAUUGGGGGAAGAUGGCUGGAUUCGAGUUCAGUGGGAUACCAGCAGCACUAACUCUUAUAGAAUGGGCAAAGAGGGCAAGUAUGACCUUAAACUGGCUGAGCCACCACCUGCCGCACAACCUGCCACAGAAGACUCGGACACUGAAGAUGACACAGAAGGGGAAGUGAUGGAGAAGAGUGCUCACCCUACUGCCAUCAUGUUGACCAGUACAGUAAACCUGUUAAAGACGCUGUCUCUGUCCUCUGGGAUUCAUGCUGAAGUGAUGCAGACAGAGGCUGUUAGCACUCUGUGUGGUCUGCUCAGGAUACUGGUGGAGAGUGGAGCCAAUGACAAGACUGGAUGUUCCUCUUAUAAGCUGGUGUCCCGUGAACAGCACAGGACCUGGUGCACUCUGGGAUUUAUUCGCAGUAUAGCACUAAUGCCUCAGAUGUGCAGCACUCUCAGUUCAGUAGCCUGGAUCAAUUUACUCAUACGAAUCGUGGAGGGACAUCAAUCCUUCACUGCCGUCACACUACAGAGACAGAUUCUUGCCCUCCGGCUGCUGCAAGCAGUGUUGCCAUCCUGGGACAAAACGGAUCGCACUCAGGAUAUGAAGUUCUUAGUGGAAAAACUAUUUGGUUUCCUGGGCAGUCUCCUCAGCACUUGUUCCUCAGACCUGCCUCUCCUUAGAGACGGUUCUAUGCGUAGAAGAAAGUCCCGCCCUCAAGCCUCUCUGACAGCCACCCACAGCAGUACAUUAGCAGAGGAAAUAGUCGGCGUACUGCGUACGCUUCACUCUCUCAGCCAAUGGAACGGCCUCAUUAACGAAUACAUUAACUCCCAGCUCAGCGGUAUCGGUGACAUCAUGGCAGGCAGACAUCCGGAAGCAGUGGUGCUUGAAGACUACCUCCCCAACGCCGAAGCUCCAGCAGUUGGCAGUUUGAUGGCUGUCUUGGCAGUCAUUGGUGGGAUCGAUGGGCGGCUGCGUCUGGGUGGACCUGUUGUUCACGAGGAAUACGGGGAGGGCACCGUGACUCGCAUCACGCCUAAAGGACGCAUCACUGUGCAGUUUCACGAGAUGAGGACCUGCAAAGUGUGCCUGCUCAGCCAGCUCAAACCAGUUCACAUGAUUUCAUUCAGCAUUCAGAAUCUGCCCUUCACCGAGCCCAUGCUGACUGUGUGGGCACAGCUGGUCAACUUAGCAGGAAGCAAGCUGGAGAAGCAACGCAUGAAGAAAUCCCUCAGCAGAGGACUUACAGCAGAUCAGGUGGAUGUGCAUUUAUUACGCUGUCAGCAGCUUAGGCUUUUCAUCCUGAAGGCGGCGCGGGCUCUCCUGUCCCAUCAGGACAAACUCCGGCAGAUUCUUUCUCAGGCAGCCGUCAUAGACGUUAGUCCUGACCCUCCGGAGGAUCAGUGCGCUUCAUCACCUGAUGUGGGUGAUUUGUCUCCUGAGGGUCCUCAGCCUCCCCUCAUCCUCCUCCAGCAGCUGUUAUCUGCAUCCACUCAACCUUCUCCAAUCAAAGCCAUCUUCCACCGACAGGAACUGGAGGCAGCGGCUCUGGCUGUGUGUCAGUACCUCGCGGUUGAAUCCACACACCCGUCGUCUCCUCUGUUUGAGGACAGCAGCUCAAGUGAAGCCACCACUCCCGUCACUGUGCAGCACAUGCGCCCACCCAAACAGAAGAAACACAAGACCUCACCUGUGCCUCCUGUUCCCAUCGUCCUGCAGCUGAUGGAGAUGGGCUUUCAAAGGAAAAACAUUGAGUUUGCCCUCAAAUCACUGUCUGGAACCACGGGCACCUCUGGAGUGCCAGGUGUGGAGGCAUUGGUGGGCUGGUUGUUGGACCAUCCAGAUGUUCACAUUACAGAUCUGUCAGAUGCUGACACGGUGUCAGAUGAGUACUCUGAUGAAGAAGUGCUGGAGGAGCUGGAGGAACCUGAGCCUGCCUUCCCUGUCCCUCCUGGAGUCGUGGUUACUGAGAGUCAGACGUUUAAAAAGAGGUCCGAUUUCCAGAGCAAUGACGAUUAUGCUGUAUACGUGAGAGAGAACAUUCAGGUGGGCAUGAUGGUGCGAUGCUGCAGGACGUAUGAGGAGGUGUAUGAAGGAGAUGUGGGUAAAGUGAUCAAGCUAGACAGAGACGGUCUGCAUGAUCUAAACGUGCAGUGUGAUUGGCAGCAGAAGGGAGGAACUUACUGGGUUCGGUACAUCCACACUGAACUGCUGGGAUUUCCUCCUCAGAGUUCUCCAUCUCACAUAAAGAUUGGCGAUAAGGUACGAGUGAAGCCUUCGGUUACAACGCCAAAGUACAAGUGGGGAUCUGUCACUCACAGGAGUGUGGGUGUGGUCAAAGCUUUCAGUGCCAACGGGAAGGAUGUGAUCGUAGACUUUUCUCAGCAAUCACACUGGACAGGACUGCUGUCAGAGAUGGAGCUUGUGCCCAGCGUGCAUCCUGGUGUCAGGUGUGACGGAUGUCAGAUGUUCCCUAUAAACGGACCCAGGUUUAAGUGUCGUAGCUGUGAUGACUUUGACUUUUGCGAGAGCUGCUUCAAGACCCGUAAACACAACCCUAGACAUUCAUUCGGACGAAUAAAUGAACCAGGUCAGUCACCCACGUUCAGUGGGCGUUCAGGUAAGCAGUUGAAGAGGCAUCACAGCAGUCAGCGUGGGAUGCUGAUUGACGAGUGGUCCAGAGUGGUGAAGAAUCUCAGCGUGUCGUCCUCCAUCAACCAAGCGUCUCGGCUCGUAGACUGUGGAGAGCAGUGCUGGCAGUCUUCGGGCUCUCAGGGCAAGCACUGGAUCAGGUUGGAGCUCUUCCCAGAUAUGCUGGUCCACAGGCUUAAAAUGGUAGUGGAUCCAGCUGACAGUAGCUACAUGCCUUCACUGGUGGUGGUGUCAGGUGGAAGCUCGUUCAAUAACCUGAUUGAGUUGAAGACCAUCAAUAUCAAUCCAACAGACACUGCUGUCUCUUUACUCAAUGACUGUUCAGAGUAUCACAGAUAUGUAGAAAUUGCCAUAAAGCAGUGCCGGAGUUCGGGGAUCGACUGUAAGAUCCAUGGCUUGAGUAUAAUAGGUCGUGUUCGUGCUGAGGAUGAAGAUCUUGCCACUGUGCCUUUCCUGGCAUCUGACAAUGAGGAGGAGGAGGAUGAGAAGACGGCAACCGGAAGUCUUUCUAGAAAAAGGUUUUCUGGACUGGAGUCUGCUGCCACCAUUAGAACCAAAGUCUUUGUCUGGGGUCUCAAUGAUAAAGACCAACUUGGAGGACUUAAGGGGUCCAAGAUAAAAGUCCCGUCGUUCUCAGAGACCCUGUCUGCCCUCAAUGUAGUGCAAGUGGCUGGAGGCUCUAAAAGUCUUUUUGCUGUGACUGCUGAAGGUAAAGUGUAUGCUUGUGGAGAGGCCACGAACGGAAGGCUUGGUUUAGGACUGUCCAGUGGAACGAUCCCCAUACCACGCCAGAUAUCUGCCCUCAGCAACUAUGUGGUGAAGAAAGUCGCCGUACACUCAGGUGGAAGGCAUGCGAUGGCUUUGACUGUAGAUGGGAAAGUGUUUUCUUGGGGUGAAGGAGAUGACGGAAAGCUUGGACACUUUAGCCGGAUGAACUGCGAUAAGCCGCGGCUAAUCGAGGCACUGAAAACUAAACGCAUUCGAGAUAUAGCCUGCGGAAGCUCUCACAGCGCUGCCAUCACAUCCAGUGGAGAACUGUAUAGCUGGGGUCUGGGGGAAUAUGGACGUCUGGGUCAUGGAGACAACACCACCCAACUGAGACCCAAACUGGUAAAGGUGCUAUUGGGUCACCGUGUGGUUCAGGUGGCUUGUGGAAGUCGAGAUGCACAGACGUUGGCUCUUACAGAUGAAGGACUGGUGUUUUCAUGGGGCGAUGGAGACUUUGGGAAGCUGGGCCGAGGUGGCAGCGAGGGUUGUAACAUUCCUCAGAACAUCGAGCGUCUGAACGGGCAGGGAGUGUGUCAGAUUGAAUGUGGAGCUCAGUUCUCUCUCGCCCUCACCAAAUCUGGAGUCGUCUGGACUUGGGGUAAGGGAGAUUACUUCCGGCUGGGUCACGGCACUGACGUGCACGUGCGUAAACCCCAAAUGGUUGAAGGGUUGCGUGCGAAGAAGAUUGUUCACGUGGCUGUAGGGGCGUUACACUGCCUGGCUGUCACAGACACUGGACAGGUUUACGCCUGGGGUGACAAUGACCACGGGCAGCAGGGGAACGGUACCACUACCGUCAACAGGAAGCCCACACUGGUGCAGGGUCUGGAGGGGCAGAAGAUCACCCGUGUGGCGUGCGGUUCCUCCCACAGUGUGGCCUGGACCACCGUGGAUGUCACCACACCCUCUGUCCAUGAGCCCGUUCUUUUCCAGACCGCCCGUGACUCCCUUGGAGCGUCUUAUCUUGGUGUGCCAUCAGAUAGUGACCCAUCUUUACUGAGUAAUAAGAUCAACGGAGUCAAUAGCGUGAAGCCCAACAGGCCUUCUCUGGCAAAGAUCUUGCUCUCUCUAGAUGGCAAUCUGGCCAAACAACAGGCCCUGUCCCAUGUGCUCUCUGCCCUGCAGAUCAUGUAUGCCAGGGAUGCCGUGGUGGGAGCACUGAUGCCCGCGUGCAUGAUUCCUCUGGAAUGUCCCUCCAGCUCUCCUGUGCCCCCUUCAGACUAUUCAUCAACCUCCAGCCCCUGUGAAGCUGAAGGUCCAGCACUGCCCUCAGAGACUGAGGAGCGGGUCAGUCCACACCCCUGGAUGGACAGCAAGAGAGGAGAUGUGACUACGUCUGAGGAUGCCACCACACCAUCAUCGGCUGUGACUCCCUCUGCUGCCUCCGCCUCAUCUCGCCCCUUUAUACCGGUGACAGAUGACCCUGGUGCUGCCAGCAUCAUCGCUGAAACCAUGACCAAAACCAAGGAGGAUUCUGAAGGCCAAAGUAAAGCAGUGGGUCCUGAGAUACAAUAUCUGGAUGAGUUUACCAGCCUGCUCAUCCCAGAUGACACGCGAGUGAUGGUGGACCUGUUAAAACUGGCCGUGUCACUGCGCUCGGGUGAUAAAGGCAAAGAGGUUCUUUCUGCUGUGCUCUCAGGCAUGGGUACAGCCUACCCGCAGGUGGCAGAUAUGCUUCUGGAGUUAUGCGUGACUGAAUUAGAAGACGUCGCCACGGACUCUCAAAGUGGACGUCUGUCGUCUCAGCCUGUGGUGGUGGAGAGCAGCCACCCUUAUACUGAUGACACGUCCACUAGCGGAACUGUGAAAAUACCAGGUGCUGAAGGAUUGAGGGUGGAGUUUGAUCGUCAGUGUUCUACAGAAAGAAGGCAUGACCCCCUCACCAUCAUGGAUGGAUCCAAUAGGAUUGUGUCUGUUCGAUCAGGUCGUGAGUGGUCUGAUUGGUCCAGUGAGUUGAGGAUUCCAGGAGACGACCUGAAGUGGAAGUUCACCAGCGAUGGCUCUGUCAAUGGCUGGGGGUGGCGAUUCACCGUCUACCCCAUCAUGCCUGCUGCUGGUCCUAAAGACCUCCUGUCAGACCGCUGCAUUCUCUCCUGCCCCUCUAUGGAUCUUGUAACAUGUCUGCUAGACUUCCGUCUCAGCUUCGCUUCGAAUCGCAGCAUCGUGCCGAGGUUGGCAGCAUCGCUUGCUGCUUGUGCCCAGCUCAGCGCUUUGGCGGCUGGUCAUCGCAUGUGGGCCCUGCAGAGGUUGCGCAAACUCCUGACCACUGAAUAUGGCCAGUCGAUCAAUAUCAACCGGCUUUUAGGAGACGGUGAAGGAGAGCAGCCUCGUUUAAUGAGUUUUACUGGAAGUGCGCUUGCUGCUCUGGUGAAAGGACUUCCUGAAGCAUUACAGAGACAGUAUGAGUAUGAGGAACCCAUUGUUAGAGGAGGCAAACAGCUGCUCCACAGCCCUUUCUUCAAGGUGCUGGUGGCACUUGCAUGCGAUCUCGAGUUGGAUACUCUUCCUUGCUGUGCUGAGACGCAUAAAUGGGCGUGGUUUCGCCGCUACUGCACCGCCUCCAGGGUGUCAGUGGCCCUUGACAAGAGGACCCCCUUGCCUCGCUCUUUCCUGGACGAGGUGGCCAAGAAAAUCAGGGAGCUUAUGGCAGAUCACGAGAACAUGAACACGCUUCACGAGAGUCACGACCUGUUUAAGAGAGAGCAGGAUGAGCAGCUAGUACAGUGGAUGAACAGGCGGCCAGAUGACUGGACGCUCUCUGCAGGCGGCAGUGGGACCAUCUAUGGUUGGGGUCACAACCAUCGGGGUCAGUUAGGUGGUAUUGAAGGAGCAAAAGUCAAAGUUCCAACCCCAACAGAAGCCCUAGCCACAUUGCGACCCGUGCAGCUCAUUGGUGGAGAGCAGACCCUGUUUGCCGUCACGGCCGAUGGGAAACUGUAUGCUACAGGAUAUGGCGCAGGCGGGCGUCUGGGAAUCGGAGGAACAGAGUCUGUCUCCACCCCCACUUUGCUAGAGUCAAUCCAGCAUGUUUUCAUCCGGAAGGUGGCGGUGAACUCUGGAGGGAAGCACUGCUUGGCUCUUUCCUCUGAAGGAGAACUGUAUUCUUGGGGAGAAGCUGAAGAUGGAAAACUGGGCCAUGGCAACAGAAGCCCAUGUGACCGUCCACGCGUGAUUGAGUCUCUGAGAGGGGUGGAGGUGGUGGACAUCGCUGCCGGCGGGGCCCACAGCGCCUGCAUCACAGCUAGCGGAGAGCUCUACACAUGGGGCAAGGGCCGCUACGGCCGCCUGGGUCACGGGGACAGUGAAGACCAGCUGAAACCAAAACUGGUGGAGGCUCUGCAAGGUCAUCGGGUGAUAGAUGUGGCAUGUGGCAGUGGAGACGCUCAGACUCUCUGUCUGACUGAUGAUGAUAUGGUAUGGUCAUGGGGGGAUGGAGACUAUGGCAAACUGGGCCGAGGAGGAAGUGAUGGAUGUAAAGUGCCUAUGAAGAUUGACUCAUUAACAGGAUUGGGGGUUGUGAAAGUGGAAUGCGGCUCUCAGUUCUCAGUGGCUCUCAACAAAUCUGGAGCAGUUUACACAUGGGGUAAAGGUGACUACCACAGACUAGGACAUGGCUCGGAUGAUCAUGUCCGCAGACCCCGGCAGGUCCACGGUUUGCAGGGCAAGAAGGUCAUCGCCAUAGCAACUGGCUCUCUUCACUGUGUGUGUUGCACAGAAGAUGGUGAAGUGUACACUUGGGGUGAUAAUGACGAGGGUCAGCUCGGAGAUGGGACCACCAAUGCCAUACAAAGGCCCAGGCUGGUGGCAGCUCUGCAAGGCAAGAAGAUCAACCGAGUGGCAUGUGGCUCAGCACACACCCUUGCCUGGUCUACCAGCAAACCCACCAAUGCUGGAAAACUGCCUGCUCAGGUCCCUAUGGAGUAUAACCACCUGCAGGAGAUCCCCAUCAUAUCCUUGAGGAACCGUCUCAUGCUGUUGCACCACAUUUCUGAGCUCUUCUGCCCCUGCAUACCAAUGUUUGAUUUGGAGGGGCGGCUGGGUGAGACCGGACACGGCGUCUCUGUUGGUUUUGACACUCUUCGGGGAAUCCUCAUAUCACAGGGAAAAGAGGCAGCAUUCCGGAAAGUGGUGCAGGCGACCAUGGUUAGAGACCGUCAGCAUGGACCGGUGGUGGAGCUGAACAGGAUACAGGUCAAGCGUUCUCGCAGUAAAGGUGGUCUGGCAGGGCCGGAUGGCACUAAGUCUGUGUUCGGGCAAAUGUGUGCAAAGAUGAGCUCUUUCAGCCCGGAUAGUCUCCUGUUGCCACACCGGGUGUGGAAGGUCAAGUUUGUGGGUGAGUCGGUGGAUGACUGCGGUGGUGGAUACAGUGAAUCUAUCGCAGAGAUGUGCGAAGAGCUACAGAACGGACUCACCCCUCUCCUCAUCGUCACUCCAAAUGGCCGAGACGAGUCUGGAGCCAACCGAGACUGCUUCUUGCUCAAUCCAGCUGCCAAGUCACCUCUGCACAUCAGCAUGUUCCGCUUCCUAGGGGUGCUUCUGGGCAUUGCCAUUCGUACAGGAAGUCCUCUGAGUCUGUAUCUGGCUGAACCUGUGUGGAAGCAGUUGGCUGGCAUGAAUCUGACUAUUGCUGAUCUCAGUGAGGUGGACAAAGAUUUCAUCCCCGGUCUGAUGUAUAUCAGAGAUAAUGAGGCAUCUGCGGAGGAGUUCGAGGCCAUGCCUCUGCCUUUCACUGUGCCCAGUGCCUACGGACAGGAAGUCCAGCUCAGCUCCAAACAUUCCCACAUCAGCCUAGAGAACCGCAGCGAAUAUGUGCGGCUAGCAAUAAACUACAGGCUGCACGAGUUUGAUGAGCAGGUAUCUGCAGUAAGGGAGGGGAUGGCACGCGUGGUACCCGUGCCUCUUCUCUCUCUCUUUACUGGCUAUGAGCUGGAGACCAUGGUGUGUGGAAGCCCAGACAUCCCUCUGCAUCUGCUCAAGUCAGUGGCCACGUAUAAGGGGGUGGAGCCCACAUCUCCUCUGAUCCAGUGGUUCUGGGAGGUGAUGGAGUCUUUUUCGAACACGGAGCGCUCGCUUUUCCUCAGGUUCGUCUGGGGACGUACGCGUCUGCCCAGGACCAUUGCAGACUUCCGUGGACGAGACUUUGUGGUGCAGGUGCUAGAUAAGUACAACCCACCCGACCACUUCCUUCCCGAGUCGUACACCUGCUUCUUCCUGUUAAAGCUGCCUCGCUAUUCCUGUAAGCUAGUUUUGGAGGAGAAGCUAAAGUAUGCCAUUCACUUCUGCAAGUCCAUCGACACCGACGACUAUGCACGCAUCGCUCUGACCGGUGAGCCGGCUGCAGACGACAGCAGCGACGACUCUGACAACGAAGAUGCCGACUCGUUCGCAUCCGACUCGACGCAGGAUUACCUGACAGGACACUGAACUCUGGUUACACUCCCUGUGUCUCCCGAACACGCACAUACACUAACGUUGAGUUGACAAAAAUCUUCAAAAUAAGCUGCCAAGAAAAAAAAACAAGGAAUUUAAAAGAAUACUGAUGUGAAGGUGUCCGUUUUAACCUCACUUAUUAAUAUGUGAAUAGAUACAAAUACUACUAAGUGAAGAGAACCAAGUGUAUAUCAUUAUGUGCAAUUAGCUUUGAAGCACUAUUAAACUGAAGAGCAAGUUAAGAGUUUUUUAUCUUUGUUGGGAGGAGAAUGAGAAAGACAGAUGAAACUGCACAUUUCUUUGUGUUAAGCGUCAUGUUCACGUUUUCUUACAGAGGAUAGACCGUUUAGCCUAGCACUGCGGUAGACGACUCCUGACGGGUGAAGAUCUCCACGUCAACAUUUAUUAUGUGUCCACUGAGUAGUAUUAUAAAUAUUUGCUCCGCCUCUUCAUUUGAAAACAGCAGUGUUUCUUUAUGAAAGCCGUUUUUUUUAGCUUUGAGAGGGCCAUUUGAUCGUCGUGAUGGUCAGUUGGAGCCUGAUCAGGAGCAGUUUUUAGGUUGUUGGUCACAUUAUCCUCGGUUCUUCUCAUAUGUGUCUGCACUGUUCUCUUAAGAGAAUGUAUAUAAUUUGAUUGUGCCAUGUGUUUGAGAUGUCUCAUUCCCAGGUUAUAAAUAAAUGUUCUUUUCUGUUAAUAAAUUUGACCAAAA